UUUCUAGUUUUUGCUAUGGCUCGUACUAAGCAAACCGCUCGCAAGUCCACCGGCGGCAAGGCCCCGCGCAAGCAGCUGGCCACCAAGGCCGCCCGCAAGAGCGCCCCGGCCACCGGCGGCGUGAAGAAGCCUCACCGCUACCGUCCGGGCACCGUGGCGCUGCGCGAGAUCCGGCGCUACCAGAAGUCGACCGAGCUGCUGAUCCGCAAGCUGCCGUUCCAGCGCCUGGUGCGCGAGAUCGCGCAGGACUUCAAGACCGACCUGCGCUUCCAGAGCUCUGCUGUGAUGGCUCUGCAGGAGGCCUGCGAGGCCUACCUGGUGGGUCUGUUUGAGGACACCAACCUGUGCGCCAUCCACGCCAUGUCUGGUCGCGGCAAGGGAGGAAAAGGCCUGGGUAAAGGCGGCGCCAAGCGCCACCGCAAAGUCCUGCGAGACAACAUCCAGGGCAUCACCAAGCCCGCCAUCCGUCGCCUGGCCCGGCGUGGAGGAGUGAAGCGCAUCUCCGGCCUCAUCUACGAGGAGACCCGCGGUGUGCUGAAGGUGUUCCUGGAGAACGUGAUCCGCGACGCCGUCACCUACACGGAGCACGCCAAGCGCAAGACCGUCACCGCCAUGGACGUGGUCUACGCGCUCAAGCGCCAGGGACGCACCCUCUACGGAUUUGGCGGCUAAGACUUUUUAGUUUGUAUUUUCUUAACCAAAGGCCCUUCUCAGGGCCGCCCACAUUUCCUGAAAAAGCGCUGUA